CCCACCAAAUCACACGAAAUCACAGUUUUACCAUUGUCGGUGGUGUAUCAGCUCCAGUUUCAUCGUCUUCCCCAGCAAACACUGUACCACUCACUCAGUUCACAAAUCCUCCGACGUAACUCGAGGUGGGUCCGAUCCCAUCCUUGAAAUCUCUCUCAUUCUCAUCUUCAUUCCCGGAUCUGUACCUCUGAAUCUCUCUUCCUUGUUUCUUUCAUCGGAAGAAGCAAUGUUCGGCCGAUCCGCGAUUCGAGCCGGAGGUUUCCGUCCCGAGAACUUAGGUCAAAACGCACUAAACCUAAUCGGAAACAUUGGGUUCUCGUUGUUCGUCUUCGGAGUACUCGUCUUCACCAUCAUCGCUGCAACAUACGAGCCAGAAGAUCCUCUCUUCCACCCAUCAGACAAAAUCACGACCUUCCUCACCUCGACAUCGAACGCGACGAUGAGAUCCGACGAAUCCGUCGUGAAAACCGGCGAGGACUUCAUGCCGGCUAACCAAACCGCGUUCGCAGCGUUUAUCAACAUCACCGAUGUUGAAUCCACGACGGAGGAGAACAACACCGAGUCAAACCAGAUCGAUUGCGAUUCGAGCAUUCCCAUUGAUUGCAAAGACUCUGAGGUUUUCCAUCUCAUGAUGAAAGCAACGAUUGAGAAGUUUAAAGACAUUCAUUUCUACAAAUUCGGUAAGCCUGCGGUUGGUGAAGGCGCGAAUUCUUGCGACAUGGCGUGGCGUUAUCGUCCCAAAGACGGGAAGAGUGCUGCGUUUUACAAGGAUUAUCGGAGGUUUGUGGUUGAGAAGUCUGAGAAUUGUAGUCUUAGUGUGGUGAGUAUUGGUGAGUAUCACUCUGGUUUGAAUGCGAGGAAGAGGAAGAGGAAUCAGAAAGCUGGGUUUGAGAAAAGUGACGGGAAGAGAGACGAUUUCUCUUUGCCUGUGGUUGGUGAAGCAGUGAAUGAUUCACUUCCAAUGGUUGAGUCUGAGAACGCGUUUAAGAGAGGCAAGUACUUGGUUUAUGUAGGUGGUGGAGAUAGGUGCAAGAGCAUGAACCAUUUCUUGUGGAGUUUCUUGUGUGCGCUUGGUGAAGCACAGUAUUUGAACAGGACUUUGGUGAUGGAUUUGACUCUGUGUUUGUCUUCUAUCUACACUUCGUCUGGACAGAACGAGGAAGGGAAAGACUUUCGGUUUUACUUUGAUUUCGAGCAUUUGAAAGAAGCUGCUUCAGUCUUGGACGAAGCUCAGUUUUGGGGACAGUGGGGGAAGUUGCAUAAGAAGAGGAGGAAUAGAUUGACUCUUCAUCUCGUGGAGGACUUUAGAGUCACGCCGAUGAAGCUUGCCGGUGUGAAAGAUACGUUGAUCAUGAGGAAGUUCGGGUCGGUGGAGCCGGAUAAUUACUGGUACAGGGUUUGCGAAGGAGACGCGGAAUCUGCUGUGAAAAGACCGUGGCAUCUGUUGUGGAAAUCAAGAAGGUUGAUGGAGAUUGUGUCUGCGAUUGCGUCGAGGUUGAAUUGGGACUACGACGCAGUACACAUCGAGAGAGGAGAGAAAGCAAGAAACACUGAGCUUUGGCCUAAUCUUGAGAAGGAUACUUCACCGAGUGCUCUCUUGUCGACGUUGCAGGAUAAAGUAGAAGAAGGAAGGAAUCUCUACAUCGCAACAAAUGAAGCGGAAUCAUCGUUCUUUAACCCUUUGAAAGAUAAGUACGCUACUCAUUUUCUUGACGAGUACAAGGAUCUCUGGGACGAGAGUAGCGAGUGGUAUUCAGAGACCACAAAGCUUAAUGGAGGCAACCCGGUCGAGUUUGAUGGUUACAUGAGAGCAUCUGUUGAUACAGAAGUGUUUUUGAGAGGGAAGAAGCAGAUUGAAACAUUCAAUGAUCUUACAAACGACUGUAAAGAUGGAGUUGGGACCUGCAACGUUGCCGCUACUUGAUCUCUCUCUUAGAUUCCUCCUUUGUUUGUUGUUUAAACCAUCUUUUGUUCCACUUGUUUCUAGUUUUGUCCUUGUAGCAUAGCUUGUUUGUAUUUUCCUUAACUGUUGUUUCAUCUUGCGACUUUUAGACCAGCAAUUUGCCCUUUUUGGUUCUGUUUCUUUAUAAUGCAAAAUCUGAGAAAAGGAAUUAAUAUUGAUACACAAAAU